AGGAGAGGACAAAGGCUGUUCCACCGCCGCCCCGGUGGCCCCCAACACAGCCCCCCUUGUGUCUGCUUUGCCGGUGCAGGCUGCUCAAUCCAGACGGCUUCCGGGAGGAGGCCACUGCAAGCUCGACUUCUUCCUUCGACCCCAAGAGCAUCGCCUUUUCCUUUUUUUUUUUAGUCAUUUACUUAUAUAGUUAUUUGUUUAUUUAGAAUAGAGACAGAAAUUGAGAGGGAAAGGAGAAAGAAAAAGGAAGAGAGAGAAGACAGAUGCAGCAUUGCUUCACCUCUAGUGAAGCGCCCCUCCCCCCCAGCAAGUAGGGACUGAGGGGCUUGGACCCGGUCUGGAGGGGUUGAACAGGGUCUGCAGGGCUGGAACCCCUGCCCCUUGCGCAUGGUAAUGUGAGCGCUCUACCCCCCCCUCCCCCCGUACCACCGCUUCCUUUUUUUUUUUUUUUUUUGUCUUUUUUCCCAGAUAGUUGGGUGACUUGGCUUGACUCGAGGGAGGAGUCAGGGGGGGCACCCAAGACCUGAAUUCUGGUCCACUGAGCCCCAACCCUGACCUGAGCCCAAACUGUACAGCUCUAUGGGGGGGGGGGGGAACAAAGGGGGUGGAGACGCCGCCCUGGCAUAUCCCUUCCAGGAUUUCUCCGGAGCACCGCGCCCCCCCCCCCUGGAUGUGGCGGGGGAGGGGUUCCAGAACCUUCUCAGACCUAGUCUGCUGUACAUGGUGAUGAGCGCGUUGGUCUUUUGACCUCUUGGAGGAACACAUGCCCCCCCUCCCAGAACUGCACCCCCAGGACCGUCGGGGCAGGGAGGCAUCAGAAACCUGCAGCUCCUCGGCCCUGUCGUUCACCCUGUGGUCUAGAGUCCAUGCCUCUCAGCUGCCACCUGCAGAGUGGACCCCACAUCCCUCCCUACCCCCCCCCCCAGCGCGCCCCCCUCGAGGGCGCAAAACUGGAGCAGCUGGAGGCCUCCUUCCUUGUCUCCCGCGAGUCCCCCCCCUUCCCUCCUUACCAGGCCAGGAUGUGGGAGGGGUCCCUUUAAGGAAGGCGGGGGAGGGGGCUGCCGACCGCUCUCCUUCCACCCCCCCUACCCCCCCACUACCCCCUCCCCAGGCCCAGGCUGGGUGCCAGCGCAUGCGCCCGCCUGUGGGCGCUGUCCGGGCUGCGAGCGCGGCGCGCACCGACAGACCGACGGCGGGACGGACUGACCGCCUAGGGGCAGACUGGGCAGCGCAGAGAGCGGGGACGCAGCGGGACAGCGACAUGGCCGGACACACGCAGCAGCCGAGCGGGCGCGGGAACCCCGGCCCGGCGCCCUCGCCCUCCCCCGGCCCAGGCCCAGGGCCCGGCGCCUCAGAGCGGGUGGCGCUCAAGAAGGAGAUCGGGCUGCUGAGCGCCUGCACCAUCAUCGUGGGGAACAUCAUCGGCUCGGGCAUCUUCAUCUCCCCCAAGGGGGUCCUGGAGCACUCAGGGUCUGUGGGUCUGGCCCUCUUCGUCUGGGUCCUGGGUGGGGGUGUCACAGCCCUGGGCUCCCUCUGUUAUGCAGAGCUGGGCGUCGCCAUUCCUAAGUCCGGUGGGGACUACGCCUACGUCAAUGAGAUCUUCGGGGGCCUGGCUGGCUUCCUGCUACUCUGGAGCGCCGUGCUCAUCAUGUACCCCACCAGCCUGGCCGUCAUCUCCAUGACCUUCUCCAACUACGUGCUGCAGCCCGUGUUCCCCAACUGCAUCCCCCCAGCCACUGCCUCCCGUGUGCUCUCCAUGGCCUGCCUGAUGCUGCUGACCUGGGUGAACAGCUCCAGCGUGCGCUGGGCCACCCGCAUCCAGGACAUCUUCACAGGCGGGAAGCUGCUGGCACUGUCACUCAUCAUCAGCAUGGGCUUUGUCCAGAUCUUCCAAGGACACUUCGAGGAGCUGAGGCCCAGCAACGCCUUUGACUUCUGGAUGACACCCUCCGUGGGUCACCUGGCCCUGGCCUUCCUGCAGGGUUCCUUUGCCUUCAGCGGCUGGAACUUCCUCAAUUACGUCACUGAGGAGCUGGUUGACCCUCGAAAGAACCUACCUCGUGCCAUCUUCAUCUCCAUCCCUCUGGUGACCUUUGUGUACACCUUCACCAACAUCGCCUACUUCACUGCCAUGUCCCCCCAGGAGCUGCUGGCCUCGAACGCAGUGGCCGUGACCUUCGGGGAGAAGCUACUGGGCUACUUCUCCUGGGUCAUGCCUGCGUCCGUGGCGCUGUCCACCUUUGGAGGCAUUAAUGGCUACCUAUUCACCUCCUCCAGGCUGUGCUUCUCUGGGGCCCGAGAAGGGCAUCUGCCCAGCCUGCUGGCUAUGAUCCAUGUCAGACGCUGCACCCCCAUCCCAGCCCUCCUCGUCUGCUGCGGGGCCACGGCGGUCAUCAUGCUCGUGGGAGACACGUACACGCUCAUUAACUACGUGUCCUUCAUCAACUACCUCUGUUACGGCGUCACCAUCCUGGGCCUGCUCGUGCUGCGCUGGAGGCGGCCGGCCCUCUACAGGCCCAUCAAGGUGAACCUCCUGGUCCCCGUGGCAUACUUGGUUUUUUGGGCAUUCCUGCUGGUGUUCAGCUUCAUUUCGGAGCCCAUGGUGUGUGGAGUUGGUGUCAUCAUCAUCCUCACGGGAGUGCCCAUCUUCUUCCUGGGGAUCUUCUGGAGGAGCAAACCAAAGUGUGUACACAGACUCACAGAGUCAAUGACACGCUGGGGCCAGGAGCUGUGUUUCGUGGUCUACCCCCAGGGCUCCUCAGAGGAGGAGGAAAAUGGCCCCUGCCCGACCUCCCCACUGCCCCCCUCAGACAAGCCCUUGAAGACACAGUGAGACAUUUGUGGAGCUUGAAGCAGCUGUUUCUGUUUACAUGUUGUUUAUUGAGUAGGCGUGUUUUUGCAAAAAUAAAUAAAUAAAUAAUGAUAAUAG